UGCUCCUGCUCGCCUCCCAGCAACACCGCUUCUAUUCCCCUGAGCCGCGUACUACUGACCUUCCCUUUGGCUGCUGGCGCCUCAUCUCUGUUGUUGCAGAUAACGCGCUUCAAGCGGCGGACCUCUCUCCCCGCUUGUGAAAACGUGAACACGCACGUACACACCCCCUCCUCGUUCCCCGAGGGUGCGGGCCAUGGCUGCGUCGGAGGGUAGCGAUCGAUCAGCACUGCUGGCUUCGAGGGCUGCGAGAAGACGCGGCAUUGCUGUCUGUGGUGGAGGAAGGAGUGCGGUUAGCAUGGGGCCUGGCGGGCAACAGCGGAGGAGGCGACCCUCCACCUCGACAAGGAAAGCUGUGGCUGCUGCCUCUUGGACCUUGCUGGUGCUUGGCCGCCGCGUGGGUGCGGGAUGGAUCGACCCCGACACGCCGGAGGCGGCCAAGACCAUCCGCUCGCUGCAUGAUGGCGCGGAGUACGAGCUGAUCAUGUCCGACGAGUUCGAGGUCAGCGGGCGAUCGUUCGACGACGGGCACGACCCCAUGUGGACGUCGACUACCCACUCCGAUGACGCGCAGACGUCCAACGGGCUCGGGUCGCAGCAGUUCUACAACUCGUCCUACGGCACGACGACCAAGGGGAGCAUGAACAUCACCACCACGGACGAGUCCACCACCUGGCGAGGCUACAACCCCUACAAGCGCAAGUACGAGACCCUAUCCAAGAGCUACCGCAGCUCCAUGGUCAACACCUGGAACAAGUUCUGCUUCACCGGAGGCAUCAUUGAGAUCGACGCCAAGCUGCCGGGGGAGCACAACAUCGGCGGCCUGUGGCCGGCCUUCUGGCUGCUGGGAAACCUCGGCCGCGCGACCUACGAGGCCUCCACCAACCUCAUCUGGCCCUGGAGCUACGACAAAUGCGACCCCAAGUUGCAGCGAGCGCAGGAGAUCAGCGCCUGCAACAAGAUCAACCACUUCGGGCUGCACGGGUACCAGGGCCGCGGAUCUACGGAGAUCGACAUCCUGGAGGCCCAGCCGGGGACGUCCGACGACCCGCUCAUGAACCUCGGCAAGGUCAACAGCCCGUACUUGUCGACGACGCUUCAGCUGGCCCCGGGCAUCCCCGUGCACCGGCCGACGAACGGCGAGCUGCUCUCCCCGGAGAAUACCUGGUACGAGGGCAUGCAGUUCGCGGAAAACUCCUCCCUGAACUACCACUUCUACGGCAUGCACGUGGACAAGACGACCCCGCAGGAGCCCGUCUAUCGAGGGGCCGACCAGGCCUACAUCGCCGACGCGAUCUCGGGGCUCACUUCCCUGACGCGCACCCACUUCCACGAGUACCACAACUACAAGCUCGAGUGGGUCCCGCCGCCCCCGACCCGAGGGGACGCAGGGCCUCGCGGGCACCUCAAGUGGUACAUCGACGACGAGAUGGUGCUGGGCAUCGACGCCGAGACCGUCGAGAAGCACGGUACCCAGAUCCCGAACGAGCCUUCGUACGUUAUCCUCAAUACCGCUGUGUCCAGCUCGUGGGGGUUCCCUGACCCAUGCCCCUCGGGAUGCGAUUGCGCCUGCUAUGAUUGCAAGGACCCGGCGUGCCACUGCGCCAUCCCGAGCGGCUUCUGCAACAUGCUCCCUUCCUACUUCAUGAUCGACCACGUGCGUGUUUACCAAAACAAGAACGACAGCAGUAUGUCCAUAGGGUGCGACAUUCCCUCCCACCCGUCCAAGCUGUUCAUCGAGGCUCACAGGUACCGGUACAUGAGAUCCGGAGACAAGAAGCCCCUCAAAGAUCUGAUGGUGGGCGGCGGGAAAUGCAACGACGAGACCGGCUGCCACCGGGGGAAGUGCCACUGGGGAAAGUGCAAGUGCGAGGAGGGGUGGGUCGGACCGCUGUGCCAGUCCACUCACAAGUUUGACGACAUCAGCUACGAGGAGCACGUUGACCUCUCCCCGAGGCCCAUCGCCGUGCCGGUGGUGCUGCAGGCGAUCGGGGGCGUUAUCGUGCUGCUGGUGCUGGGGAUGUCUUUCGUGCUAGGAAGACAGCUGAGCAAGACGAAGGGGCAGUACCGCGAAGACUUGCUGCGGAAUGCGUCUCCCCUCGCCGGCAUGAUGAGAUGAAUAGGUGGAUAGGUUGAAGCGCGACCCCGGCACAACAACCUAUGCUUUGUUAGUUGUCGCCAGAUGACGACAUGGGUCACAGCUGUGGCCAUGCCGGCCCUCCCCCCCGAAAAUGCAGUGUCAUUUCAUGACCACAAGAUGAACGAGGCGGACCCCUCAGAAUCACGCAGUAUUCAUAUUAGUUUUGUAUUACGAGGGAAGAUUGAAAAAGCGGGUGUUCCCUUCGGGAUGAUGGUGUGACUGGGGUUAUAAUCACGUCUUCCUGUCGCCCGCGGCACGUACAUGUAGUGGUGAAUUCUGGUAGUUAUCCAACCUAUUCAGUCCCUUGGAACAAGGGCAGCAAAAGGGUAGAUGAAGAUCAAAGGUCCGCUUUUUAGCAUUUGUGGGACGAUCACACGAGCACUUGCAUCAAAUUGAUUGCAUGUUAAAAGGCUGACAAUGCCUUAAAGAAGCGGCGUGGUGGGCUGUUGUUUUGUGAGCUAAAGAUCGCUGACAUUGCAGUUGCUAUGACCAUAUUCACCAUUGCUUCCCCGACCUCCGCUUCGGUCCUGGACCGUGGGUAUCUUGAGUGCUUCAGAUUCCAACAAGACUCGCGCCGCUGCCACCCUGAAGGCAGGUUGUAUCUCUGCUGAAGUGAGAUGUAUACCAAGUGUAUCUGUGGAGGUGGGCUUUUACAAGGUUCCAUCUCCCCACAGCGUCCGUCAAGAACGAUUCCCUCUUUCUUUUCACAAACCAGAAAAGGCUCAGC